AUGAACUCACCCCCCGGAGACGAGCCAUUGGGCGCGUUGGAUCCCAGCGUUUCAAAUCCGACGAAGCUACAACUGUUGCAAACAUGCCAGUUUAGUAAAGACGGCAAAGGAUGCCUGAAGGACACCCAAAUCACAUCAACCCUCCGAGCUGAAGCUGGACUUCUCUCGGAUGACAGUACCGGGCUACUGCAGCCCCUUUUGAAUCACAGAGUAGAGAAUCUGCCGGCCUUAGAGGCCCUUGGCCUUCCCCUUCAGUGGAGAGGCCUUAAAGGUGCAGUGGUUUAUUAUCGCACGCUCGAGGCCGCGAAAAAGAAGAAGUCACCACUCGGUGUUCUCGCCAAGCGUAUUGCACAAAUGUUGUUUUACCUCAACUAUAGGUGGCUGGAAAGACAUAUGGAAGGGGCUAGCAAUUCUGUCGCUACACUCAUCCUUGACGCCUGCCCUGAGGAGCCAAAGGACCCGAAGCUCAUGAAAUCCCGUCGUGACAACAUCACUGGCUAUCACAAGCGCCGAGGAGAAAGAUGGUGGCUACAUGUGGCGUGCUUAGGGCCUGGUAUCUUAACGCAUGCUAGUAGUAUCUUGGAGACUGAAAUCAUAACCAGCUCGAGAAAGGAGCAACUCCAAGUUUUUAUAUCGCUGAUCUUGCGCAUUCGACCAGGCUACGUCAACUUAUUUGGUCGCUGGGAACCAGUGAUCAAGGCAAUAGCUUCUGGAGCGACUACAUCCAAGCUUCGCCAGAUCCUUCAAACAAGCAAUGCUGACACCGUCAGUCAAGCUAAACUAGCGUGCGCCUAUGCAUCGGAUCAGGAAGCCUUAUCCCACCAGCAAACUGGAGAGACCUGGAAGGCGACAGACGUCGAAGCUAUUGCAGAGGAGAAGAUAGCUGAGUUUCUCUCGGAUUAUUGA